GAGAAAGUAGGCCCAGAAGAUUUCGAGUUGUUAAAAGUACUCGGAAAAGGAGGAUAUGGGAAGGUCUUUCUGGUUAGAAAAGUAUCAGGGAGUCAUAAAAUGAAAGUUUACGCUAUGAAGGUUUUAAGAAAGGCAUCAAUUAUAAGAAAUCAUAAAGAUACUAUUCAUACGAAGGCAGAAAGAAAUGUAUUAGAGGCGGUGAAGCAUCCCUUUAUCGUUGACCUUCUAUACGCAUUUCAAACGGGAGGAAAGUUAUAUCUUAUCCUUGAGUAUCUAAGUGGCGGCGAACUAUUCACCCAUAUGGAAAGGGAAGGAAUUUUCAUGGAAGAUACUGCAUGUUAUUACUUAGCUGAAAUCUUACUAGCCUUGGGACAUUUGCACGAACUUGGAAUUAUCUAUAGGGAUCUAAAACCAGAGAAUGUAAUGCUUAACCGAGAAGGCCACGUAGUAUUAACAGACUUUGGAUUGUGUAAGGAAUCAGUUGAAGAUAAUACAGUAACACACACAUUCUGUGGCACAAUUGAAUAUAUGGCUCCAGAAAUUCUUACUAGACGGGGGCAUGGCCGUGCUGUGGACUGGUGGAGUUUGGGAGCCUUGAUGUAUGACAUGCUUACUGGCGGGCCACCAUUUUCCGGUGAAAAUCGCAAACGCACAAUCGACAAAAUUCUUCGUGCAAAACUUGUUGUACCUCCAUAUCUAACUAACGAAGCUAAAGAUUUACUUAGUAAGUUGCUACGAAGACAUGUAGCAUCACGUUUAGGUAGCACAGUAGCAGAUAGUGAAGCGAUCAAGGCACAUCCAUUUUUUCGAACUGUAAAUUGGGAACGAAUGUUAAAUCUCGACAUUGACCCUCCUUUAAAACCAGCUGUGUUUAGUGAUGACGACGUUGGCAAUUUUGAUUCGAAGUUUACGCGUGAAAAACCGGUAGACACUCCAGAAGAUCAUUUCUUUAGCGAAAAUAGCGACAAUCUUUUCCAGGGAUUUACAUACGUCGCUCCUUCAUUAUUGGAGAAUUGGGAGAAGGAAAGGUACUCACGAUAA